CUGCUCUCUUUCCUGUGAGAGCAGGGUGUUAUGUGAGAAUGCAAACGUGUGAGGCUGAGGGAAAUCCAGAGAAGGUGUAUCUGGUACAGAAAGCCUCUUCUUAUUGAGCUCUGCGUAGUAAAUUGCUAUGCCGAGAUGUAUAACUGAGCGCUGUCAAUAUUCUCUAAAAUACCACAUACAGUCUUCAACUGUGCCAGGGGAGGUUUAGGCUGGACAUUAGGCAGAAUUUCUUCACAGAAGGGGUAAUUAGACGUUGGAAUGGGCUGCCCAGGGAGGUGGUGCAGUCAUGGCCCCUGGAGGUGUUUAAGGAAAGCCUGGAGGUGGCACUUGGUGCCAUGGUCUAGUCAAUAGGGUGGUGUUCGGUCGUAGGUUAGACUCGAUGAUCUCAGAGGUCUUUUCCAACCUAAUUGAUUCUGUGAUUCUGCGAAGGUGCUACUGUGUUGCCAGUAAUCCAGGGGUUGCUGUCAAGUGAAGGAUCUGGUCCCAAUUCCGCAGGCUCAUUUGGCUGGCAGCUGCUUGGAUCUGUUCAGAUUCACAUAGAAAUGGAAGGGAGGUGAAAAAACACAAGUGGAUUUUGAAAAACAUAAGCUUGAUGCAGCUUAAAUACCACAGUAUGGAAAAAGUACUAAUAGUCGUGGCUAUCUGCACAAAGCACAUAACUGCAUGUUUAACUCUUCAUUUAUUUUUCCUUCAAGCAACUCUGCAAAAGAUGGAUUUCUGUACAAAAUCAGACACAGAUAAUACAGUUUGGGCAUGUUUGAGACAUACAGUUGAAACCCCAUAUUUUCAGUUCCUGCAAAUGGAGGAACAAUCUUCAUAUAAAACGUUUAAGAUUUUUAAAACCUUCACUGACUACUCCUUCUGAAUCUCUGAGGCAAGUUUGCCAAAUCUGGGGCUGCAUCAUCGUUCUGCACAUCUGGAAGUGGUUUAUGGGCUCUCAUUCCUCCAGUGCAGCGUCUGGACUCCGUGCUAUUCCUCAGCAGCAGAGAAAGAAAAGAAAACCAGCACAACUCCAAAGUAAACUUUGAAGAGUCUGAAAAAGGAAUUGAAUCGUAAAACUGUUACUGUGCCCUGUAAGGCCCUUGUGCGGGUGACUUCAAAGGAGGAUGGUGGUCAAGGAGGCUUUGGCAAGAGUGCUCACAGCUGUGGGCUAUCUAGGAUCCAAGUAAAUAGCUCCUCAGCGCUUCAGGAGAGAGGAGUCCCGAAUACUGUGCUGCUUUGAAGAGAUCACACUUCUCAUCCAACACGACAAUGGCUCUUUUAAAGAAAAUUAACCAGAUCUUACUGUUACUUCUUGUCUUAACUGUGUGUGCCAUUCUGUAUAACAAAGUUCACCAAGUGCCAUCGGCGUUAAAAAAUGAAACAGUUGAUUUGGAGAGUCCUGAGGAAAUGGAAGAAGAAAUCCCAGUGGUGAUCUGUGCUGCUGCGGGCAGGAUGGGUGCAGCUGUAGCAGCCAUCAGUAGCAUCCACAGCAACACAGAGGCCAGUGUUUUGUUCUACAUAGUUGGGCUGAAGACAACCAUCCCACAUAUUCGAAAAUGGAUUGAAAAUUCUAAACUGAAAGAAAUAAAAUUUAAGGUUGUAGAAUUCAACCCUAUGGUACUAAAAGGAAAAAUCAGACAAGAUGCAUCACGUCCUGAGCUACUGCAGCCUCUGAACUUUGUUCGAUUUUAUCUUCCUUUGCUUAUCCAGAAACAUGAGAAAGUAAUAUAUUUGGAUGAUGAUAUUAUUGUUCAAGGUGACAUCCAGGAACUCUAUGAUACUAAGUUGGCUCCUGGACAUGCUGCAGCUUUUUCAGAUGAUUGUGAUCUGCCUUCUACACAUGAAAUGAUUAGAAGUGUAGGGAUGCAGAACACGUACAUGGGAUUCCUGGACUACAGAAAGCAAGCCAUCAGAGAUCUUGGCAUCAGCCCCAGCACCUGCUCCUUUAAUCCUGGAGUAAUUGUUGCUAACAUGACUGAAUGGAAACAUCAGCGGAUUACGAAGCAGUUGGAAAAGUGGAUGCAAAGAAAUGUAGAGGAAAACCUCUACAGCAGCACCCUUGGGGGAGGCGUGGCAACCUCUCCAAUGCUGAUUGUAUUUCAUGGAAAGUAUUCCUCUAUUAAUCCUAUGUGGCACAUAAGGCAUCUUGGUUGGAGUCCUGAUGCCCGUUACUCAGAGCGAUUUCUUCAAGAAGCUAAAUUACUUCACUGGAAUGGGAGAUACAAACCUUGGGACUAUCCCAGUGUCCACACUGAUCUGUGGGAAAACUGGUUUAUUCCUGACCCUUCAGGGAAGUUCAAAUUAACUCGUCCUGAUAGCUGAUACUGAAACAACUUAAAUACUCCCAAACAUAGUGUAUUGGAUGCAUGUAAUAGUUUGAGGCGCAGCAUAUGAGGAAUAUGAUUAACUGAUUCUAGAAAACGAAGUAUUUGUUAAAUAUAUGAAUAACUGACCAUCACUUUUGUGUGCAUAGGGCUUGAGAGGGAGGCUGGAGUGACCAUUACACGGUUCAGAUUAUCCUGACUUUUAUGUAAGGUGAGGAACUAGGUUUACUUGACAGUGAAGUAUUUUCAUUAUACAUUUACAGAGGUAAAACUCGGUGCCAGACAGUGUACUUUAAUUUAAGGUCUUUAUAAAUAAGACUCCAAUGGCUUCUGGUAGAAAGACCUAUCCAGCAGAUACCUGCAGUAUUACACACAAGGUGUCUUUAGUUGUCUGGCCCACAUUGAAGAGCAUGAAAUGAGAUCUUAGGCAUAUGUUACUGAGUUGUGUUGAGUGGUGACUCUGUUUUGAGGCAUUUCUGCUUAUGACACAUCCUGUAGUGCACUUAGACCUUUGCUAGCAACAUGUGAAAGCACAUUCCAAGACACUGCAGUACAAUUCCUGAUUUUAUUGUGAAACAUGGAUAGAUUUAAGACAGAUUAAGAACUUCUGUAUUACUGUAACAAAAAGAGCACCAGUUCUGAGGGAGGACACAUAGAAUUGCAGUAUUUAGUGAAACGGUCAUUGUAGACUUAACUGUAUUUUGUACCCAGUGACUCUUUUAAAGAAGACACCUUUCCCUUCCACUCAAAGAGGAUAGCCUUUCAGGAGUUAAAUCCUACUGUGCUACAUACUCAGCAGUGCUAAUUCCAUGCUUCCAAUUUUGUUGAAAAAAAAAAAUAAUUGAAUUGUAA